AAGAUGAACUUGAAAUGUUAACUCUCAUUAGAAAUCAAAUAACUUUUUCAUUUUCCCUCAACACCUUUACUUUUUUCUACUAUUCUUACCCCCGCCCCCCCGCAGUAAGUCAAAAAACAUGGAACGUAAGUCCUUAGCUGACGAUUCAUCUCUGGAAAAUCAGCCUGCCAUUUGUCCUGUGGAAAACUGCACGGCUAUGGUAAAGCACACUCAUCUCCUACGACAUAUGAUCAGCGAACAUCUGGAUGCCCGGGCACGAACUUUGCCCUUUCAGCUGCGCAUGCGCGAGGUGGUCAGUGGACAGAGCACCCUACUGAUGUUAACCUAUCGCCAGCUUAUCGUUGAUCAUGAUCAAUGUUUGGCUGUAUUAAAUUGGUGUUACCAUAACCCAAUUGACCUGAUGGCACCACAAUUGGAUCUGCCACCGUGCCAUCAAGGUUUGUCCAGCCAUUUGCCCGUUUUGGUAAUGGUCUGCAAGACAACGUGGAAGGCUCUCUUAAAACAGAACGAAGACAAGCUGACUAACACAAGCUCUAGGGACUUAACCAACGAAUGGGGCACUGUCUAUAUCAUUUGGCUCGUCUCACCCUAUACCCGUCGACCUAUUUAUGCAAGAUUCGGCAUUUUAAAUAGCCAAAGCCAGUGCUUAGAACUACAGAAUCGCCGAAGAAUCCGUAACUUUGCUAGUCGCAUGCCUAUAAGUCAGUUUAUCAAUGGCUUGGAUCCGUUCUAUGUCACUAUCAAUGAGGAACAGCUGGAUGAGCUAUGCGAUAGUCGUGGAAAUCAGGCCUCUGUCUUUCUAGACGUUACCAUCGAAGGGCCGGUGGAGUAGUCGUAAGGGGUCAUAAUUGCAUUUCUUUUUUUCAAAUUGUCUUAGUGAUUAUGUAGAAAACAUUACUAAAUAAUAUUGCUUAUAAAAAUUAUUACUGAAAUAUAUUCAAAAUUCUAAAGAAAAGUCUCGUAGGAAAACUUUAGUAAAACCCCCGAACUUUGCAGUUCUAAUUUAUACAAAUUUAUGCAAAUUAUCAGCAAAGCCAAGACGAAAAAGUAAUAAACAACUUUUGGUUGUCCCUCAGCCGUUGUGGCUCAUCUGGUUUGGUUGGUUAAUAAGUUGAAAUCAUUUUGGAUUAAGGGGCGUGGCACACUUUGACACCUUGGCACAAAUUUGGCAUUGGUUUUAUGGCCGGGACUCGCAUUAUUGAUUCCGCUUUGCCAACUUUAUUGCGAACCUUUUUUUUUUCUUUUUUUUUGGGAGAGACAUCACUGUUUUUAUGGCCCAAACAGACACCGGUUUCCUUGAAGCUGCAAAUGUGCCAUAAAUUGUUGUCCUUUAUGUUUUUAUGUGUUGGCAGUCAGUCGCCAGUUCGGCCGCAAUGGGCAGAUCAAAUCAGAUCCGAUUCAAGUAGCGAGUUUUAAGUGAUUUUCCAUGUUCCAUUGUUGGGUUAUGUGAAUGAUGAGCAAAAGAGCUCAAAUCACUGACUAUUUUGAGGUGAUUUUAGGUUUACAAUUUGCAAAUCUUGUUAAUAAUUAUUAUAUUAAAUGACUAACUAAGGUAUAAGGUAAGGUUAUUAGAGAUAUCAAUCAAAGCCUAAUUGAUCAGUUUCAGUUGGUAAAGCUUACUAUUUCCCAUCGAGAGAGUAGAGAGUAGAAAUCAGAGACCAAGUACUAUAGUUACCAGGAGGCGGCAACCCAAAAAGGUAAAGUGCGGGGAGGAUGUACAAAAUCUCUAGAAUUUUCCCUUUCUCCUACUUUCAACUCUUAAGUAGCCAAAGAGGUAGCUGCAGUAGGAAAAGAAAAAAGAGAAAAAAAAGAAAAACAGACAACAACAACGACGACAAAAAUAGUGCAAAUAAAAAUGUAGAAAAGCAACGAGAGUAGACAAUGGCAACUGCCUGGGAUGUGGGCUACUUGAGAGAUCCCAAUAUAACGCGACGACAUGUUUACGAUGCAUUUGUAUUUGGCCAUAACACCCCUAACUUUCCCCAGCCUCAUCUUCAUGUUUUCCUCUGCUCACAUGUUGGCAUUUUCAUUGAGGGAGCAGCAGGACUUGCCUUGGAUAUAGGAUAUAGGAUAUAGGAUACAAAAAAAAAGAAAAAAGAAAAAAGAAAAAUACAAAACAAAAAAAGAAAGUAAAGAAUCAGUAAAGCCGACGCGCAAGGAUUUCAAAUUCUCAUUCCCAUUCAUUCACUAAAACCUCUGGCUGUCCGUCCGUUUUUUGUCCGUAAAAGUCUUUCGCUCUGUCUGUCUGCCUGCCUGUCCGUCCAUUCGUCCAUCCGUAAUUCUGUCCGUCCGUUACCAUACGUGUGCGUGCUCCAAAAAUCUAGAGAACAUCCCUUGGGUGGGGCAACAACGACAACGAUGAGGACACAUAAAGGCUAAAUUGGACUUGAAUGUGCGCCGUGAAAGACAUUGGCCGGCCAAUGGACAAACACUCAAGUCAUUUAUACCACCUAUUCAGCUUUCCUCCUCCUCCUCCUUCAGACCUUGUAAAAAUACUUGUAUAUCUGGCCACCACCGGAGAGCCUAUUGAAUUGGAAAACUCAAUGGAUAUAACCAUUCAAUUGCCUUCUACAAGUGUAUAAUUACGCCCCGAAAUGUUAAGGUGGGGGAAUAUACUCUCGUACUCGUACGUAUUUGGUUAUGGCCCAUCUCACAAUCUGAGAAACCCCGGUUAUCCUUUAGCCACAUCCUCCUGCCACCGGUGAACGUGUUAACACGAAGGCUGAAACGUGUGCUCUUGGCCAAGUGAGUGGGAGCCAUCAUGGUGAGUCGUGCCGCCUGUCAAAAGUUUCUGUUUCUAUUCUGUUUCUGUUUCUGUUUGCCCAACCCAGCAAUGAAUGCUGUUUUCCCGGGGAGUAAGAGACCCAAAGUCAGAUUUGAUAUCAUAUUGGGGGAUAGAAUUUAAGAUAAUAUUAAUAAAAAUAUUUGUCUAUAUAUGAUGAUUACCUUAGAAAAGUUAAGAUUUCUUAAC